UGUGUAUUUCUGUGGACAAGGACAAGCUCCGCUCCACCGCCGCUGUCCGCGCCGUGAGCUGAAACCAUGGCGAGGUUUUUGAGGCCUAAUAUCAGAAAUUUUGUCACUUCUCAGCUGAGAAUGUCUUCCGAUCAGCUUGGUGAGCUUGGCAAAGGUGCUGGAAAGGGAGGAGGGGGUGGAGGUUCUGUCAGAACAGCAGGUGGAGCCUUUGGGAAGAGAGAGGCAGCUGAGGAGGAGCUCUACUUCAGACGUAAAGAGCAGGAACAACUGGAUGCAUUGAAGCAGCACCACCAGGAGGAAAUUGACCAUCACAAAAAGGAGAUUGAACGCCUCCAGCGAGAGAUUGACCGUCACAAGGGAAAGAUCAGAAAGCUUAAACAUGAUGACUAACUGGUUCUCUUCUUACCAUACCAAAAGAUCAACUGCAUGCACCUUGGGAAACAAUGUGUGGAUGAUUGUUCUAUGGAUACAUGAUUAGAACUGUUAAGUUGUUUUCAACUUUUCAUAUUGAGUGGUAAGCUUAAAUAAUGACUGUGAUCUUGUUUGUUUAAAAUUUGUUAUGUAAAUUAAAGUGUGAAAAGUA